ACUCAUGCUGACCACCAUGACGUACCGCAUGCCAAACUUCACUCUGGAGCAGAAGCUUUUCCUGCUUCGGAGAAUCCAUGCGGUGGUGGACACAGUGCAGGACUUUCGGAAAGACACCAACACUACUGUGCACCGGAACGCCGUAUGGGCAGAGCUGGCUCAGGCCUUCAAUGCGGCCUUCCCGAGUCGACCCCCCAGCAGCAUCGGCUCUCUGAAGACGCUGUGGAAACGGCUGAAGGUGGAAUGUCGCGUCGCGCUGCAGAAGCGGCAGGAACAGCAGGCGGCUGGGCUUCCUGUGUCUGCCCUCACUCAGGUGCAGAGAGAGGUGAUCGCUCUUGUGCCGAACCUGAUCUCCUGUCUGGAGGAGGUAGACGGAGAUGGCAGCUAUGCCUCGGUUAGGGGUAGCUCACCUGGAGCAGUGAUGGGGCUUUCAGGCACUAAUGGGAGUGAGCAUGAAGAUGCUGACCACAGUCAAAAUGAUGAAGUAGACAGCAAGGAGAACUUAGCCAUUGAGCUUGGACUGGUCUCACCAUCUCACCCACCUGUUAACUCUGGGAUUCCUCCUGGCACUGCCUCCUCUCCUUUCCACUCGCAUUCAGUCUCUUCCAGGUCCAGCCGUCCCUCCCUCGUCUACCCAAACAAUACAGGAAGCACCUCAGGGCUGGGGUCGGGGACUAGGGGUUCAAACUUUGAUACUCCACACAGAGAGCCUGCGGCACCACGUGCUCCUGCCGGAGGAGCAGCUGAGAAUUCAUUACCACCGAUGGACCCUUAUACCUCAAACUCCAAAUGGGAGUCACGUCGACAGGAACUGUUUGAGCUGGAGCAUCAGCAGACAAUGAGUCUGUUACUGCUGCAGCAGUGUGUGUGGGAGGAGAAAAGGAAAGCAGUGAGACAAAAAGAGAAGGCGGCACGGGCCAAGAAGAGAUAUUAUCAAGCCAAACUACAGAAGAUCGGCGCAGAUCCUCCGCCUUCCAGCAGUGACAGCGAGGAUAACGAAUAUCUACAGACCUGAACUCAGAUGUUUACGACGUCUUAGCUAUGUUUGCUUUCUUUUUGAAAGUCAUUUUUUUUAUUCUAGCAAUGCUGUUUAUUUACAAAACAAUAUAUUUUUUAUUGUGGACUAAAGUUAAUCGGUGUUUAGGAAUGUACCAUGUGUAUCAUAUGGAGGGGGAAUUCACUCGAGCAGGCUUUGUUCCAAUAGCCGAUACAAAUCUGAUUUCUUUUCAUACUCUCUCAUCAACACGGACGCUGCAUUCCAUUCAGUCAAAAGUGGGAUAGUUAAAGGGAUAAUAUGCUUCGAAAUUGAAUCUCAUAAUUUACUCACCCUCAUAUCGCUCCAAACAACAUGCAAACUUUUUGCAACAUAAAUGAGGUGUGUUAAAAAAAUGCCCCAGCGUUUAUUUUGCCCAUA